AUGGCAAAGGCAGAGCUCGGACUGAAGAUCGGCUUCUACGCCUAUCCUAUCGCCCUCUUCGUCACGCUCCUCGGCGUCCAAUCCGCUCAGUUCUACAUAACCCGCCAUGGCAGCACGACGCGUAAAGUCGCGUUGGACAGUGAUCUAAAACAGCACAUCGACAAGAUUCGAAAGUUUUACUCGCGGUGUAUUUGGGUUCUGCAGGUUGUGCUUUCGGGAUUGUUGAUUGCGAGCGUGGUGUAUGCUACGAGGGAGGUUUUUGCGGAUCAGGAUGGUGUGAAGGGCAGUGUUGUCUUUGCCUUUAGCGCAUAUCUCGCAUCUUUCGUUGGAGUGCUACUCUACUACGUCGCUGGCCUUCUUCCAGACCCUGAGGGACCGUGGAAUCCGAACUCUGCUCACCUUUCAGCAUGGUGUGUUGGUGCGCUUGCAGAGAUUGUCAUCGCAGCUGCUCUUUCAGCCGUUGAGCCAAAACUUCGAGUAUCACCUGGCUUUGUCGACACUCUCAACAUUCUCGGAGCUGCGAGGGUUCUUGUGCUGGCGCUCAUGAUCGGAGCGUUGGGUUUGAGAGAGUACAAGACUAAGGCCUUAGAACCAAAGUCUUUGCCGGAGGAGAGACAGGGACUUCUUGAGAAUGGGAAUGGGGCAGCGGAUGGAUAUGGAAGCAUCCAGCCUACAGCUGCUGAGCCUAGAAGGACCCAGGUUUCUGGGACAGGAUGGCUGGAUUACUUUGCUGGAUUCCGAGUCUUGUUUCCCUACCUCUGGCCAAAGGGCUCACCCGUCUACCAAGCCAUCGUACUAAUCUGCAUCAUCCUCCUCAUCUGCCAACGCACCGUCAACGUCCUCGGGCCCCUCCAGCUCGGCACCCUCGUCGACAGCCUCGGCGAAGGCAAACUUCCCUACAAAGAAAUCAUUCUCUACGUCGUAUACCGCGCUCUCCAAGGUAACCAAGGCGUUCUCGGCGCCGCGCGGUCCCUCCUUUGGCUCCCUGUAUCUCAAUCUCUCUUCCGUCGUCUCUCCUCCGCUGCGUUUGAGCACGUCCUCAGCCUAUCAAUGGAGUUCCACCUCAACAAGAAAGUCGGCGAAGUCACCAGCGCCCUGAGCCGCGGCGCUUCCAUCAACACCUUCCUUGAGAGUUUCUGCUUUCAGGUUUUUCCCAUGGUGUUUGACAUUUUCGUCGCUGGUGUGAUUUUCUUUGUGAAAUAUGAUGCUUUUUACACCAUCAUUGUGUUCUUCAUCAUGUGGUCAUACAUCUUUUUGACAAUCUACGUCGCCAAGUACCGAGGAAAACAACGAAGAGACAUGACCAUCAAGACUCGAGAGAUGGAAGCCGUCAAGACGGAUGCUAUCGUGGCGUAUGAGACGGUUCAGCACAAUUGUGCUGUUGCGCGUGAGACGGCGCGCUUUAGAGAGCAUGUAACUGUUUUCCAGCGCGCAGAAAGAUUGGUGCAGUGGUCGUUGAACGGGUUGAAUCUCACACAGAGUUCGAUUUUCACUCUUGGAACGGCGUUGCUUGUUUCGGUGUCGGCGUACAAGAUUUCAAUCGGGGAGCAGACCGUUGGUGAGUUUAAUAACUUGAUUGAAGCUGAGCGUCUGCUUGAUAUCUUCAAAGAAACACCUGGUGUGGUUGAGAAGCCCGAUGCUAUCCCGUUGCCCUCACCCAAGGGCGAAGUCUCCUUCAACGAUGUCAAGUUCGCGUAUCAAGUUAAGAAAGGCGAUCCCGUCCUCGACGGCAUCAACUUCACUGUUGCCCCAGGCACAAAGACCGCUAUUGUCGGAGAAUCAGGUAGUGGAAAGUCUACCUCUCUCAAGCUCCUCUUCCGCUUUUACGACGUCACGGAUGGCUCUAUCACCAUUGACGGCCACGACCUUCGAGAUCUCAAGCUUGAGAGUCUUCGCAGCAACAUCGGUGUCGUUCCUCAAGACACGGUUCUGUUCAACGCGACGAUAAUGUACAAUCUUCUGUAUGCGAGACCAGAUGCGACGGAGGAAGAUGUUUACAAGGCAUGUGAGGCUGCGAAUAUUCAUGAGCGCAUUCUCAACUUUCCGGAUGGGUAUGAGACCAAGGUUGGAGAACGAGGAUUGAAGCUGUCUGGAGGUGAACGCCAAAGGAUCGCCAUCGCCCGCGCCAUUCUCAAAGACGCCCGCAUCCUUCUCCUCGACGAAGCAACCGCCUCUCUCGACUCACACACAGAGCGUCAGAUCCAAGAUGCUCUCGAGCGCGUCACCGAAGGCCGCACAACCAUCACAAUCGCUCACCGCCUCUCCACCAUCACAACAUCAGACCAGAUCAUCGUUCUUCACAAGGGCAAGAUCGUCGAGCGCGGAACACACAAUGAGCUCUUGGCUCAGGGAGGACGAUACCAUGCUAUGUGGGAGAAACAAACGACUAUUGAGAAGAAGGAGAAGGAGAAGAAGGAAUUGGAGGGUGAGGCGUCGGAGACUGGGUCUCAGUAG